AUGACCUCGAAAAUCAUUCCCACGAAGUCCAUCGGCUAUGGGUGGCGAUCCUCGCGCCUGUUCAUCGUGGCAGUCAUUUCCCUCACCAUGUUCGCUGACACCUUCCUCUUCAGCUUCGUCAUCCCCAUCCUGCCCGACAUCCUAGAAGACCGACUCCAACAAUCACCCUCGCACACGCAGCUCCUCACCUCCAUCCUUUUGACCCUGAACGCGCUGAUCUCGAUCCUCAUCGCGCCGUUCACCGGCCAUUUAGCGAAUGGCUCCAGGUCAAAUAACCAGUGGAUGGUGAUCUCAUGGGUGGCCAACGCAAUCGGCACAGCCAUCACAGCAUGA